AUGUGCUCCGGAAAUGCGAUCUUCCAGUUGGAGCCUGUGCAGAUCGAGUGGUCUGGUAUGUCCACAGAAUUCGAGGCCAGGGUCAGGCUGAGGCACUUGACCAGCAAUCUGUAUCUUGCUGGAUGCAGUUUGUCCACCGCCGCUGGUGCUGAUGACCCAUCUCCCACCCUUGACGAACGUCCCGUGCAGUCUCCAAAGGGGCUGCUGCAACUCUGCCUUAGUGCUGACUACAAUUCCCCGAGCUGUGUGUGGCAGUUGCAUGCCUUCUCCAAGGGCGGUGAAGCGCAUCUGGAGGAGGAGUCCUUCGCCUUUGUGGGGCACGCCCAGGGCCAGUGGCUGGCCCAGGGCAGGAUGAUCAACUCCCUGAACGAUGCAGAAGAUGAUAAAGACAUUGACGGGGACGAGAUCCAGGAGACGUUCGAAGCGGAGCUGAAGGGGCAGCGGCUGGAGCGCAAUGUGAUGGCCAUCUCUGCGAUAGACCCAAGAUAUGUGGAGAAGCUAAUGAACGUUCGAAGCUCCCUGGCGAUCAUUGAAGCCUUUGCAGGACAGUUGGUGUCAGAUGUAGGCCCUCUCGGGGUGUCGAAGAUGUCUCCCUAUGAAGACAUCAAGGAGGCGGCCACCAGGUGUGGACUGGUGCACUUGUUCGCCAGCAAACGCGCAAGCGUAUUCAGCACCCUGCACGAGAUGGUGAAGAUGGUGACCGACGCAUACUACGACGGCUGUGACGCCAAGCGCUCCGUGCAGACCUACCAAGUGCUGUCCAGGGAGACCAGGCUGAUAGACGCAGUCCUGUGUUGCCUCAAGGCCGUCGAUUUUCCUGUCUUCUUUGGCCCUGCCAAGGACUCCAGCAUCGGCAACACCAUAAUCGAGUUUGGCACGGUCUGCAACACAUUCCUCCAAGCCGUCUGUCGCGCCAACGCCAUGAACCAGGCCUACCUGUCGUCCCACAUCGGCCUCUUCAAACACCACCUUGGGGGCCCCAUCAAAGUGGCAGACACCCUGGCCGCCAUCUACGAAAACAACAUGGAACAGAUACAGGUCGUGUCCGAGGACGUCGUGGCUGCGUUCGUCGCCCUGAUCCGUAAAGUCGGCCGGCGGCCCCGUUUCGUCAACUUCCUGCGCACCAUCUGUGGCUCCCCCGACAGGCCUGUUCCUAAGAACCAGAACUGGCUCGUCUCUCACCUGUUCAGCGAUCCGGGGGCCAUUUUCUUUGCCGCUGGGCCGGGGCAAAACGGCUCCACAUGGAUACUGAAAACACCACAGGAGGCACCAGGGGCAGGUGGCGCCAACGUCGAUUGCUCGUCGUUCUUGGGCUCUCUGGACGACAUCACCAAGCCCACGAUCUUCGAGUGGGACAGGUCCUAUGACACCAUCAGGAAUCAACCGCGGCACAUCGCCUUCAUCUACUACAUCUGCAGCCUGCACCUGCUGUGCGCCCUGUGCUAUGGCCGCAACGCCCAUGCGCUGGAAGUCGUCCAGAAGGUGUCCCGCACCCACGGCCUGGGUCUCGAAUUCGAGCACUUGAACAGGAUCGUGGCCAGCGAUCGGCUGCCGUACGUGCUGCGGUGCGCCGCGCUGGACCUCAUCGCGUGUAUCCACGUCAACAUCGACCCCCGCCAGCCUAUCCAGCUCCCGAGAUUGACACGACUGCUGACGCAGGAUUCUUCGACCAACCCCAAAACUGAUUCCGCCAAAGUCGUCCAACGGGGUCCUCUGAGCGAUCUGACGUCCAUACUUGUGGGUAUUGUCGGCACAGUGGCCACGACCGUGUCCAGCCAGGCAGCCAAAGACAACCCUGGCGGUGGGCACCGUGCACGCCGAGCGUCCCUGAUCCAUGCCAAAGGGGCCAACCCCGAGGACACUGGAAACUGCCGCAUUGAAGAAGAUUGGUCAUGCGUGGGUUCCCACAGCCUGCUGCUGACCGUGGUGUCCACGCUUCAGAUGAUGUUCAACCUUGGGGUCAUCGAUCUUGAUCACCCAGACGUGGGCCCGCUCCUGCAGUCCCUGUUGGCCAUGCUCACGUGCCUCGACUGCAAGGACCUGCAAGACGCCUCGAGGUUUCAGCACUCGGCGGAGGCGGACGUCGUGGUGAAGGUCAAGCGGUCCAUCCUGGCGCUGUUCGAGUUCGCCCUGGACAUGCAUGGCGAAAUGAUGCUGGAGGCUGUCUUCAGGGUCUUUGCGAGGCUGCACAACGAGGACAGGGGCGUCGAGGUGGAGCCCCCAGGAGAGGGUCAAUCCGACGACCUCGAGGGUUUCGAGGAACUGGACGGGGAGGAUUUCGGGGAGAAGGAGACGCCGACGAAGCGGGCACUCCUGCCGCGCUCCAGCAGCAAGAGGAAAAUCGCGCCGCAGAAUCCAAAGGGGCACACGAACGUCAAAUCGGCGGUCAGGGACUUGGUGCGGACCAUCCACGGCAGCGCCCCUCAUGGAUUUCUGAUGUUCAAGUUCGACCCACUGCAGUACGGCAAGAUGGAGGGCCCGGUGAUGGACCUGCUGGGGCUGGUGCUGUAUGAAUCGCCGCCCCUGGUGUCCGCCGCCUUCAGGCUCAUAGAGCGCCUCCUGUCGAAGCGGAGGAAGUUCCUCAGCGCCGUCAUGGACACGCACAUCAUUUUCGAGGAGGACAUGAUCCUCAUGUACAAGAGGUGCCAGGCGCUGGUCGCGGACCUCCACGCUAAUCAGAAGUGGGUCGCCAGCGUGAACGAAGACAGGAAGCAGGACGCCAUAUCCAAGUGCAAGGAGGGCAUCGAGGAGCUGACGCACAUGCUGACCCCGAAUCAGAUUGUGUGCAUCUCCGACGGCGCCUCAGAGAGACGAAUCGCGGUGACAAAAGCGAAAGCCACCAAUUAUCAGGCCAUCCUGCACGACCUGCGCGUGCACGACCUCGUCAUGACGUUCCUGAAGCUGCCGCUGAGGCGCCGAAAGCAGGAGCCGCUGGAAGAGGGGGGCCGGCCCAGGAUGGACGUGGCGGAGGACGUGCCGCGGCGGGAGCUCUUCGGCCUGUGCUACAAAUUUCUGAAGCACUUCUGCGUCGUCUGCGCCCCGUCCAGCACCGCCCCCAACUCGAAGAACCAGGCCGCCGUCUGCGAGCACCUCGGCCUCUUCGUCUCGCACACCGGGGUCAUGAACCUGAACGUCGCGGACACCAUUGCCUCACUGUUUGAAAAGAACGAGUCGCUGUGCCACAGAAUCGGGGCGGAAAUCCUGCGCAAGUUCGUCCACAUGAUCGUCACGUACGGGGAGAAGAAGCGCGCUCGGUGGCUCAGAUUCCUGCAGGCCAUCGUGGUGGUGGACGGCAGGCCCGUCAAGGAGAACCAGUCGACUGUGCUGUCACUGGCCAGCCACUACGAGUCCGACUUCUGUUCGUUUUUCAACUCCGGCGCGGCGGCGCAGAGCCGGCGCAUCCAGCUGCUGCAGCAGGAGGAGCACCUCGCGAAUCGGGAGGACGGGCCCAGCGCGCAGGGCAGCGAGCUGAGCUACCACAGGGCCUGCAUCGAGCUGCUGGCGGACUGCUGCGUGGGCAAGGACACCACCUUCGUGGUCAAGGCCAGCGGCUUCCUCACCUUCGAGGGCGUGCUGCAGUCGCUGCUGCUGUACGGCGCGCCGGGCGUGCGCCCGCAGUGCCUGCGGUUCGUCCUGGCGGCCUACUGGAAGUUUCUCCGCCACGUGUACUUCGCCACGCACACCGGCAGUACGCGGAGGUCGGUCAGGGCGGCCAACAACGGGGUGUGGCAGGCCGACGCGACCCAAAUCGCGAGAACGUCUUCCAUCGGCAGCGACAAGAGCGGCCUGUCCAUGUGGGCCAACGACGCUGUCAAGUUGGGCUCGUGCAGCUGCCUCAUGGAGGGCGUGGUUAAAGAGCUGCGGGUGGCCUUGGACGAGCCCAAGGGGGCGCUGCAGGACCCGGAGUCCGCGACGGCGUUCCUGCCCAGCGUGGUCUUCCCGGCGCUGCAGGAGUACUUUCAGAACCACUACCUCCAGCACACGACCCACCUGUCACAGGGCCACGAGUCGCUGCUUGCGGAGCUGGCGCAGGGCCUGAGGGUGUACUUCGAGGGCCUGGCGUCGCUGGACGCGGCUGCCCUGGGAAUGAAGCAGGAGAAGCGGGAGGCCGUGGCCAGCGCCAAGUCGCUGCUGGAGACGCUGUCGUCGGUGACAGGCGUGCUGGGUAUGGGCGACGUCCAGGUGGCGCUGGUGAACGACGAGGCGUCCCAGCAUCGAACCACCGCAUCCGCGGCCGCCAUGCAGGUGGUCUCCUCCCAAUGGGCGUCCUUCUACACCCUGCUGGGCCGCCAGCUGGGAGUGCAUGUGUGCGAGGCCUCCAACGAGCCCGUCGAGGAGCGCACCUUCCUGGACUGUCGCGUGCGCUACGCCAGCUUGUUUCUUUUUGCUCAGAUGCUGGCCCAGCCCUGGGCCACGCCCGUGCCCAACGCCUCGCCUCCCCUCUUCCUGGAGCAGGUCGUUGCGAGGCUCGCGCACCUGUUGGCCGGUGGCCUUGAGGCUCUGGACUGGCCCGACGAGCUCGUGGUGAAGACCGUGCGCUGCGUGCGCGCCGCAGUGCACAUCGACGACGGGGCCGGCGGAGUCGAGACUUGGAAGGCGGCGUGGCCGCGGGUUGUGGCGAACGAAGCGCCGCAGAGCGAGCACGGCGACAUCCUGGCCUGGUCGCAGAGCAAGUACAACCGGCUGGGGGCGACCCGAGCAGCGGUCAUGCUGGUGGGCCACGCCAGGGUGCACGUGCAGCUGGAGGCCAUCCGGCUGCUGAUAGCCCUGCUGGAGGGCGGCAACGGCGAGGUGCAGGACACCAUGCACGGGCUGCUGUCCGUCGGGGGGGAGGCCAGUGUGGCGUUCUUCGCGACCAUGCGGGCGGCCUUCCAGAGGUGCUCGGCCACCGCCAAGGACAGCGCGUCAAGAAGGCCGCAGGGAACGGAGGAGGACAGGGUGCACGUGCUGGGCACGCCCGAAGAUGAGGCUGAACAAGAUGAAGAGGGGGAUGAGGAAGAGGUGUGGGAGCAGCGGGCUGUGGCCCUGAAUGACGCCGACGACGACCUGGCCUUCACCAUGGAGGCCCUGCGGUGCCUGCAGCUCAUGGCGGAGGGCCACCACGCGGCCAACCAGCAGCUGCUGAACGCCCAGCCCCGCAACCCCAUCAACCAGGACUUGUUGAGCGAGGCGGUGGCGCUUCUGGCGUCGGUCCAGAGCUGCAUCAUGGAGAGCGUGGCGGCGGGCAACAGGGACAAUCCGGCGCUCAUGGUGCGACUGUUCGAGUUCCUGCGGGAGCUGGUGCAGGGCCCCUGCAAGUCAAACCAGACGGUCAUGGCCAUCCAGACGGGCUUCCUGUUCGUGAGCAACCGGAUAUUCGGGUACAUGGACUACGACCUGCAGGGACGCAGGGAAAAAGAAGAACAAGCUGUCCAGAAAUGCACCAUCAAGGCAAAUCUCCUGUCGUUGAUGUACAGCCUGCUUGAGGGCGCCACGGACAUGGACAUCGCGAUGCGCAUCAUCGACGUUGUGGACAUGAAAACGAUCCAGCAUCAGACCCAGUCUCUGUUUUCGGUUCUGGGAUUCGACGGGCGACCUCCCCUCUUCAGGACCAAGUACGUGAACGACCUCCUGAAGACGGAGCUCCUGCAGUUCGUGUUCUUUCAGGAAAAGCUGAACGCGCUGCUGAGCGCAGACGGAAAGCGCAGCGCCGAGUCCGGCGCGCCGUUGUGUUCGUCUGCGGGCGGCGCGCUCAAGGGCCUCUCCAAGUUCAUCGAGGGCAAUCUGGGAUCCGUGGAGGUGAUGUGGGGAGGCCGGCUGGAGAAGGGCUAUUUCCCCCUCACGCCCACCUGCCAGAGUUUGGCGACCAGCGGGAUCUGGAAGUCCAACACGCUAGAGAUCCUGAGGUCGAUUUCGCCUGACUCAAGGAGCAAUCCCGCCCUGAAGGCCAUCGAGCUCGCGAAGGCCAUGGAGAAGAUCGUCAACGACAUCGACAUCGAGUCCAGCUUCAUCACGGGCAGCGGCGGCUGGCUGCUGCCCCUCAUGAAGCGGCGCCGCCUGCUGCAGGAGGGCGCCGCCUACAUCAGCAUCGUGGUCAUCGCCGUCAUGGCGUGCACCUACGGGGCCAGCCACGGGGAGUGGGAGGGGGGGCGCGAGUGGGCGGUGGUGGGCACGCGGGUGCUGUCGGUGGUGGAACUGGCGCUCAUGGGCGCGGUGGCGCUGAUUUUCUACGUGAGCGACUUCCCCAAGUGGGCGGAAGAAAUGCGCAAGCAGGAGGCAGAGGGCGCGAAUGGGGAGUCCCUUGAAGAUUCUAGUGGCCAGGGAGGAGACGAGAGUGGCCGAAGCAAUGACGGCGCUCCAAACGACAGCUGCAAAGGCGGCUGCCAAGCAGGCGGUAUCAAGCCACCGCCAGAUGUCUCUUCCACGCAGCACGAGAGAUUCCGAUUGCUGAAGAAAGCCAAAACUCUCUUCACCUACUGGAAGACAUGGUACAUCCUGCUGCUGCUCGCCGCUUCCGUGGGCGCCGUUGUGCACUCGCCGUUCUGCCUUACCUUCCACCUCACCUUCUUCUUCGUGGAGUUCGAGGCCGGCAAGAUGAUCAUCGAAGCCCUGUCCAAGUCGGGCACCGCCAUCCUCCGGACCGCCGUGCUGGCCAUCCUCUCCAUACUCAUCUUCGCGGUGCUGUCCUUCACCCUUUUCAGGGAACCUCUCGCAGGCCAGGCCCCGCCCUGCUCCACCUUCUACCAGUGCACCGGCUCCCACUUCAUAGCCGGCAUCUACGGCGACAUCGCCGGCCUGUUCACCGGCGACCUGGCGUCCGACGUGCCCGACGACGUCGGGUCGUCCUGGAAGCUGCAGCUGCGCUCCAUCUUCGUGGUGGUAUUCUUCAUGAUGUGGACCUUCGUGCUGUCCAACAUCUUCACGGGGCUCAUUGCGGAUGCCUUCGGCGCCAUACGCGAUGACAAAAACACCGUCCAGACGGACUCCGAUUCGCGCUGCCUGGUCUGCUCCCUGGAGCGCUUCGCCUUCGACAGCGCCGGCAACGGCUUCGACGACCACGUGGCCCACGACCACUGCCCCCUGGACUACGUCUACUACCUCCACUACCUGCGCCACACCGUGCCCGACGAGUACACGGGCUACGACUCCUGCGUGGCGGCGGCCAUGGCGGGCAGCGAGACGGACAAGGCGGCGUGGCUGCCCAUUGGGCGGGCACUGGUACUCGAACACGUGGGGGGAGGUGAGGGGGGGGAGAGGCAGAGGAUAUCGGAAGGGAUGGAGCGCCUCUGGGGAGGCCUUAAGGCCAUCGAGGGGCGGCUGAGGGAGCUGGAGGAGCGGUCCAGGGGGCCGGGGGCGUUGUGA